UUAUCAAUAAACAUUCAAAAAAGAAGUUCGAUGUUUCAAAAGAAAAUGUCGAAAUCGAAAGGCGACAUUGAUGUGCCAGAAGCAUUUCCAUACAUUCUGAAAACCUAUGCAAAAGAUGCAUUGCGAACACAGCCAUAUGACCUGCUCUCCUGGUCUGCCGCUUAUUUUCGAUGUAUUGCUGACAAUAUUAAACCACCGGCCAAAUUACGAUUUGAAGAAAAUACAGAGCAAAUGAUCGAAGCCAGGACUUUAACACCGGAAUACCUAAAAGUUCUUAUAAAUCAGAUUGGAAAAGGCUUUUUCGUUGAGAGACAUGUUUUAGAAAGAAGAUGGAAGGAACUUGGAUUGGCAGAGAACGAUUUAUUAGUAUUUUUAAAUAUCUCUGGAAUGCUACGUUGGGAACGAAUUCAUUGGUUGGAGUUACUGGCGGUAAUGACUGCCUCAAUGUGCACGAACAUUGAAAUGUCUAUUUGUUUGAUGUGCGAAUUGCUAACGGAUGAUACAGACGGUGGGUCCAAUUCCAUACCAAUUUGGAUGUUCAAUAUAUGCUAUUCGUUUCUUGCGCACUUAAACUCCAGUUUGAACGAAGAGCAGAUCGCUGGCAUUGAAAUCAAACCGGCCCAAAUAAAUGCGCAAAAAUUCAGAAACGACCUCAUAAAUGACUGGAAAAUAUGUGUAAAUUUUUCUGACAAAAAAGACGAUUCCAUUUCAUUAAUAUUUAAUCGCAUAAAAGUAUCUACGAAUUUUGACGAAAUAAUCAAAAUACUCUCCGAAAGAAAUGUUGGCGACGAUAUCGAAAGCAACGACUCGCAAUGGAAAUGCGAAAUUAUUCGCAAAAUUGGAGCACCAUGGAAUUGGAUUUAUCAGUUUGUCAAUCAUUAUCGACCAAAUUCACAAUCAUAUAAUUUCUAUGAAUGCCAGCACACGUUGGAGAACCGUUUUCGAGAAAAUUUGACGCCACCAAUUUGGAAGUCAUCUUGUAUGCCAGGAAUUGGAUCAACAGUAGCACUCGAUGUGAGAGAUGCAUUCCUGAGCUAUGUAAAUUCGAAAGCGAUAGAAAACAAUGGCAUGAUCAAUCCCACAAACUUUAAAGAUGAACAGUGUCCUCCAAUGUGUUGAAACAUAUACCUAUAUUAAGUAUAAAAGAAACAAC